GACACAGAGCCGGGGUGCCCGAUGCAUUAAGUAGUGGGCGAACGUGCAUGCUUUUUGUCCAUCCCUCCUCCCUUCCACUGGUGGCAAGCUUGUGAUCAUGCUGUGACAGCAAAAGGAACUUCUGAGCAAUCUCCUGCUAAUACCAAGUCUCCAACUCAGCCACUGCCCAAAGAGAGAGAAAAAGGGAGAGGAAGUGAGAGGAAGACAGUUUUCUUCCACCUCUGCAUCACUGGUUGUUGCUCAUCCAGUAAGUGGGUGAUACUUGCAGAGAUGACCACAGAUCAACAGCCUAAGCCUUGCAGGCUGUUGGCUCCUCAGGAGCUGCUUCUGAUAUUUUUUGCUUGCUGAAGAAAAGUGGAAACCAAGAAGCUGGGGAAAGGGUUAAAAGUGUCUUGUAUCUCUCUGUGUGCACAUGCACACAUGUGUGCAACUUCAAUUCCCUAUCCCAGCCUUUCCCAUCCCAUUCUUAUGGGAAUACCUGUGAGGAUGCAUAGGGUGGACAACGUUGGGGUGUAAUUCAAGAGCAUCCUGAUUUUCUUGCUAUGGCCUCAGCAGAUGGAUUGCAGUAUCGGGCUCUCUAUGAGUAUAAGAAGGACCGGGAGGAAGAUCUGGCCCUCUGCCCUGGAGAUCUGCUCACAGUGAACAAGGCAGGGCUUGUGUGUUUGGGCCCCAAGGAGGGGGAUGAGCGAAACCCCCAGGGCUGGCUGAAUGGCUUCAAUGAACGCUCCAAGGAAAGGGGAAUCUUCCCAGGCACGUAUGUGGAGUACCUGGGCCCUGUGAGGAUUGCAGCCGCCACAGCCAAAGCCAGACCCAGACCACUGCUGCUGCUUCCAACACCAAGUGGAGCACCUUCCAGCUAUCUGCAGGGGCCCCCUGGGCAGGUGGAGUUUGUCGAUCAUUUAAAUUUCCCCGAACAAGCACUGCUGGUUGUAAGGAGACUUGUUGAAGCUUUAGAAAAAGAAGGCAUAGAUCAUGAAGCUCUCUACCGGUACACUCCCAGUUCCUUUUGUAACCCUCAGUUCAAACAGGUGCUUCUGUCAGACCUGUCAUCGAUUGAAUUAGACUCAUUUGAUGGACAGACAUUAGCUGAAAUGCUCAGGUGCUACCUUCAGGAGCUCCCUUGCCCUGUGAUUCACCCAGCAAUAUAUAGUGAAUUAAUCCACACAGCUCAAGAAAUGCAGACCCUGGAGGAGUGUGGUCAACAAAUAAAGAUAAUUUUGGAAUCUCCUCGCUUUCCUCAGUGGCACCGACUGCUGCUGCAACAUCUGACCAAACAUUUCUGUAAACUGUGCCAGAAUGGCAGCAAGAAUCAUCUCACACCAAGGAUGCUUGGAGAGGCGUUUAGUGAAGUACUCUUUAAACAGUCCUCAUCAAGCACGGAGGUGAAUAGUGAGCAUCAUGUGAAGAUCAUUGAGUCUCUCAUUGUAGUUGGCGGAGUGUCUGAGAUCCAGGCAGCACCAGGUAGGAAAUCACUCAAAGCACUGGGUUCCAAAGCACAAUGGGCUGACUGUAUUUGGGCUAUGUGAUCAAUAGUAUGUAUCU